AGAGUCUAGUUUGUUAUUUGCGCCUUACUGUGCGGGAGACUGUUGCUUGCUAUGGACGGGCCGAGUUCCAGGGUGCGCUCCCUUUUAUGCCAGUUUCCCAGUGAAACUCGCUGUUAGUUACAUUGUAUCCGCGGAGUUGCUACAUUGUAUUCGCCGCGUUCCACCGCCGCGCUGACCACCUCCUCUCUGUCUCUCUCACUGUCACAUCUUUCCUCUCUGAGUUAUGAGAGCUGGGAAAUGAUUUCCAGAACUGGCCUCUCCUCUCUCCUCCUCCUCCUCGCCGCUGCCUGCCCCGGCGCUCCCUCCUUCGCCUGCGAGAAUAAGCCAUCAUCGCCGGGUUGCUUAAAGGUGACCAGACCUCCUGUUGUCCUGGUUCCAGGUGACCUGGGGAACCAGCUGGAGGCGAAGCUGAACAAACCUAGUGUAGUGCACUACAUGUGCACCAAGAAAACAGAUGAUUACUUCACCCUGUGGCUGAAUCUGGAGCUGCUCCUACCCCUGGUCAUUGACUGCUGGAUUGACAACAUCAGGUUGAUUUACAACACGACAACUAAGACCACACAAACACCACCCGGAGUUGAUGUGCGAAUCCCUGGAUUUGGUAAAACCUACCCCCUGGAAUUCCUGGAUCCUAGCAAAAGGACUGUUGGGAUUUACUUCUAUACUCUGGUGAAGUCUAUGGUGGAAUGGGGUUACUUGAGAGACGAAGAUGUCCGAGGUGCUCCCUAUGAUUGGCGCCGGGCACCCAAUGAAAAUGGCCCAUUUUUUAAAGAGCUGCAGAAGAUGAUUGAAUCCAUGUAUGAACAGUAUGGUAGCCCUGUUGUCCUGAUUGCACACAGCAUGGGAAACCUCUACACACUUUACUUCCUCAACCAUCAGCCCCAGGAGUGGAAAGACAAGUAUAUUAAAUGUUAUUUUGCACUGGGGGCUCCUUGGGGAGGUGUGUCGAAGACUUUGCGAGUGCUGGCUACAGGAGACAAUGAUCGAAUUCCUGUCAUCAGCCCACUGAAGAUCCGUGAACAGCAACGGACUGCUGUCUCCACAAACUGGCUACUUCCUUACAACAAUACCUGGUCGGUGGACACAAUUUUUGUCACCACACCAACACACAAUUAUACAAUGAAGGACUAUCAGAAAUUCUACCAGGACAUCAACUUUAAAGAUGGCUGGCUCAUGCGGCAAAACACUGAAUCACUGGUGUACAACUUGACUGCCCCAGGGGUAACAAUAUACUGCUUGUAUGGAACUGGAAUACAAACACCUGAGUCCUUUCAUUACGAUGUUUUCCCUGACCAGGAGCCCAAAGUGCACUACGGUGAUGGUGAUGGCACAGUCAACCUAGUGAGUGCUCUUCGGUGCCAAAACUGGAAAGGGAAACAGAAAGGCAAAGUCCAUAUGAAGGAAUUGCGUUCAAAUGAACAUAUUGAUAUGCUGUCCAACCUCACUACAAUAUCCUACAUCAAAAAAAUGCUAUUUAAUCUGCCUCUGUUUUGAAUUCUGGAUGAGAGAAAGCUCCCUUUUUAUUUUUAUAGUUGCGCCAUGUUUUCCUGGUGAUCUGAGGCACAGCAUCGUCUAUGAAUACUGUCUAAUGUAUCUGUUUCAAACAAUGUUUGAUAUCUGGCUUUAUUAGAGCAUAAGCUGUGUAAAAAUAAGACUAAAUUUCCUCCUGUAAGGGGCUAUAGGAGUAGUGAAACUAACUCUCACGUCACUCCAGAACAGUGCAUGUAUAAAUCAGAUAGUUGCAAAGUGAGCUGUUUUCCACAUUUCUGAGGUUAAUGGUGUUCAUUUUGGGACCUUUUCCAGUUUUGACAGUGUUAGCUGGGAAAGUAGGAGUUGAAAGUAGGCCCUUGACCUGUUCCGCCAUAUAUGUUGGACUGUAUUUUAACUGAAGUCGGGUAGUCAACAUAUGAAGUAAUAAGGGGGCUCUUGUGGCAGACACUAAUGUCUCUACCUAUGGGCCUAGGUCACUCCCUAAGUCCCACCUAUCAUGGAGGUAUGCCAUACCUUGGAGGCACGUUAUUAACAAUAGAUUGUUUUAAAUGUAAAGUAACAAGUCCCAAUUGACCCCUUUGAACCAAAGGUUGUGUACCACGACAGAGCCUCUGUGGAUUGUCUUGUGGCAGUGUAGUUUGAGAAGUGAAACAGGAGCAGAGGCUGUUUAUUCUUUCCAAACAUUUAGGGAUUAGAUCAGACCAUGCCCAUUACUUCCUGGGAAAUGGAUUUAGCCACAGCCCUAAUAGACAGGUGCUUUUGCUGAACCCUUUAACCAAAUGGGAUGCCUGAAGAUAAACCUCACCCUUGACUGCUUCUGAAAGGACAGUGGUUCUUGAAUUGUUUUCAUUGUAAGUCUCAUUUUCAAAUGACGGACCCCCCCCCACACACACACACACACAAUGUGUUGUAUAUAAGGAGGGUUUAUAGAAAGGCUAGUUUUUGUAUCUUUUAUCAGCAAGAUGGAUGUGCAUGCUUCUGACCACCAAGCCCAUCUAUCAUAGUGCUUGGGAUCUUUACACACUUCCUGAGCCAUUUUAGUAUCCAUCUCAUAUGAACUAAUAAGCAAAGUGUGAUUAAUUGAAGAAUUACAUUAGUGUGCUUUUCUGAAGGUAGAAUUAAGGUGCAUUAACAAGAAGUGUAAAGGAUCUGUACUGAUGAGGGUUAUCAUUGGAAUGACCGUGGACAAUAUGCUGAUUUAAGUACAAAAGCAUGGAUGUGACAGACAUUCAGUCCACUAAGGUACAUUCCUCGAGUAUGCAAAGCUCUUCUCUUUUUAACAUCCAAAUGGUGUUUUAAAUAUCCUACCCCCAUUAGCUUAUUUGACACAUUGUUAUUGACUAGCCUGGUACUGACUGUCUUCCUAAUUUUGAAUCUGCUUUUUACUACUUUUGAAUGCUCCUUUUCUGGACCUGUUUUUGAGUUGACACUUCAAAUGGAGCGGAAAAUGAUGUCUUUUCCUACAGCUGAAGUCUCUCUUUUUUUGUUGUGGAUAGCUGCACUAAAUGAUUCUGAUAUAAUUAUUUGACCUUUUUCGAGCCUCUGGUUAGAAUUGUUUAACUUCUGACUUCCAGUGAAGAAUAUUAAGAGUACUGUUGUGCAAUAUUUUGAUAAUUUAAUUGUGUCUGUCUCUGUGCCUUAUCUCACUUGUGGGUUUUGUCAGAGCUGGUGAGGCCUAACACUUCAAUUUACUCUUCCUCCUCCCAACAAAAGCCAUUUCUCUUUGCCCCAAUUUUGAAUGCCCUACCUUUUAUGAAGUUUUUCUCCUAAACCAUUUUGUAACCUUUCCAAGCUUAUUGAAUUAAGAAGUUGUCCUUCUUCCCUUUUCCUUAUUCCAUUCCCAUGAAACUGCUGAUAACUUGACUCCUUCUGGUUCAGGAAUCUGUUUAAAGUUGUAAAUGAUGUAACACAAUUUUCUUAUGCCAACAGUCUAAAUAAUUAAAGCUCCUUGGGUUUAUCCUCCAGAUUACAGAGACGGGACUUUAGGAAGAAAGGGACACAUUUUACAAUCUAACAUCAGAAAAAUGGUGCAUAGAUUUAGAAAAAUAACUUGAUUAACUUAUCUGUAAACAGAACCUAAAAUAAGACAAAUGUUAUAUUUGUGGAACAGUGUGAAAGAAUCAGUUGCUGUGUUUGUAUUUGGCCAGGAUGGAUAGUUAGUAUCAACCAAAGCUUUCUUUCCCUUGCCCCCACCAUCUCGCCUAGAUUUGAGAAGAGAGUUACCACCUAUUGUCCAACAGGUGGGGAUCUAGGCUUCAAUUUUGAUAGCUGCUUUGCUCCUUUUUUAAAAAGAGUAGUCAUUUAGGCGCAAAUAAGCUAUGUGCCUGGAUUGUAAGAGCUGAAGGCAGGAUGGGGUUAGGGGAUAUGGUUGCUUUUAUAAUAAAAUAAGCCUUUAGUGUCCUGUUUACAUUUUCAAAGAUUUUUGGACAUUUCUGAUUUUGAUUGUUUGUUUUAAAUGUUGGGCGUUGACAAUUUCCUUGGUCUAAGUAUAACAUUCAAAUGGUAUAUUUUAAUAUAUAGUACUAUUGUAAAUGUGGCAUAUUCCAAAUAUUGGGUCAGUGAGUUUGACCAAUUAUUAUUUAUGGAUAUGAAUAUUUUCUUAAUUGUUAUAUUUUUGAUAAGUGGCACAUUCCUCGUGGUGCCAAGUCUGGCUGCAGCCAUUAAUAAAGCUGCUACAGAUAUUUUUUUAAAAAUUCCAUAAUUACUUGCAAUUGGUCCCUUGUGAUGAAAUUCCUGAAGUCUUCAAGAUUGCACCACAAUAAUCCUGCUAAUCAAAGGAAAAUCUCAACUGUAACCUUCAGCGACCUGUUUAUCAGGGAUAGUGCUUCUAUGGCAGAACAGCCCCAGCAGCACUCAAUUCCUCCUCCUAGCUGCUCCCAAUGGAGGCUACUUGGGAAAUGCCUGAGACACAUCAAUCAGUAUAAUCUUUUGAGUGCCUCAUGAAUGAGCAGAGACUUAUGGCAAAUGGCUAGCUUGCCCCACCCUCUUCCAAUCCCACCUCAACAAAUGGUGUAUAGUUUGAGGGGGUGAGGUGGAAAUAUCAAAUAUUCAUUACUUUGAGAGACAGAGGCCAUGGUGAGCUUAAUGUCUCAGUCUGAGUGGUUGGUAACUAUUGUGUAUUAAGGGUGUUGCCCACACCUCUACAGUUUGAUACCCAGUUGCUGCCAAUGUGCUUGUUAAACUUAAUGUCUCACUGAUAAAUGCCAAGAUUGCUUACUAAACCACUGUCUGUUUCUACUAAGAGUGUUAUAUUUUUCACUGGAUAAUAAACUUGAUUUCAACACCGA